UACAGUUCAAAAGAUGGUGCGUGGGUCAAUGAAAAUCUGAUUCCCAUUCUCGAUAAACACUCAAUAUCCUACAGCAUUCACACAAGAGAUUUUGAGUUGGGAAAGCCCAUUGUCCAAAACAUGGCAGACAGCGUCUACAGCAGCCGCAAAGUUCUGAUUGUCUUGUCCGACAACUAUUUCGCCAGCAACUUCUGUCGAGAAGAGCUGCACAUGGCCGUCCAGCGGGAGAAAGACGCUGCAGACUCCUCACUGAUUCUGGUGGUGUUUAGUAAGUUAAAGAUACAGAGGUUGCCAAGGGCGUUGAAAAGCAAAAAGUGUUGGCUUGAUUUUGAGAAGCAUAAGCGAGAUUGGGAGAAGAAAUUGUUGAGUGUUACACUAGAUGGAAAAGCUUCUUAA